UCGCCAUUCUAUAGGACAUUUGUGCUUUUCGGGGCUUAAAGCUUAAGAGAGCCUCUUUCAAGGGACAGAAAAAAAACCAACAUCAGUGCGAGACGCAUCCUCAAUAUUUACUGAGGUCGAUUCUAUCUGCGUCAUCUACCGGCGCGGCCUGUCACUGGAGUUUAGUCUACUACCAUGUCCUUCGUCGAUAAUAGACGGUCAUCUGGGCCUGACCGCGCACUCUCACGGCCUUCAACGAACCUUGAAGCGGAACGUAAUAUUGAGACCACCACUUUGAACACCGCACAACCCCGGCCAUGGCAUACCGAAUUUGUCUUCAUCUCCCGAAAAUGGAUCCAUCAACUUCUUGGACACAACCCAUUCAAAAGCUCAUAUCUUGAUCUCUUCAAGCUCGUCAAUGAUCUGGAAUCUAAGGCGAUACUGUGGGCUGGGGUAUUGUUAGCGAUUGCUGCCGGCACACCGCUCCCUAUCAUAGGCUACAUCUUUGGACAAAUCAUCACCUCAUUUCCGCCUCCGGAAGACGUGCUACGCGAGCGACUCUACGAACUCGUAGGCGUCGCUUGCGGUUACUUUAUUGUCACGACUGGUUAUACGAUCGCCUGGGGGCUGACCGGAGAGAGAAUUUCACGACGCUUCCGAGUGACGCUUGUCGAGCGUCUGCUUGGUCUUGAACAGGCAUAUUUUGAUGUGAAUGAGCCGGACAUCACAAACCUGUUGACUGAGAAAAUCGAGGCAAUCCAGAUAGGAACUUCUGAGAAGGUCGGCAUCUUCAUUCAAUCGAUCAGCUACUUUGUUGCGGCCUUUGUUGUUGGAUUCAUCUUGAACGCCAAACUUACUGGAAUCUUGUUCGCGGCUGUCAUUCCACUCAUGACUUUGAUUGUUCUCCUUGGCUCUUCUAGAGUCGCCAAAUAUACUAAAGCAGCAACUCAACAUACCGAGGCUGCUGGAAGACUGGCCGAGAGCGCAAUCCAUGCGGUCAAGGUCGUGCAGGCUUUUGGAAUGGCCGACAAACUCAGCCAGGAACACUAUCGUCUCCUCAAGUUAUCUGCUGGAUUUGCAAUUCGAAAGUCCAUCUCUGCUGCACUAAUGCUAGGUCUGAUCUACUUCACGGCGUACAGUGCCAACGCGCUCGCAUUCUGGGAGGGUUCACGGUUGGCCGCAGAGUCUGGUUCAAGUAACGCUGGUACCGUUUAUGCUGUGGUGUUCUUGAUCAUUGAUGCUUCGUUCGUAGUUGGGCAAUUUGGACCUUUCUUGGGAAGCUUUGCCAGUGCCGCGGCUGCUGGAGAAAGUGUUUACGAGGUUCUGAAUCAGCCUCCUGCCGACAUCGACGUAUACUCUGCCACCGGACAAGAGGCCACGGAAGAUGACAUGAGGGCUGAGAUCAACUUCCGAGACGUCACAUUUGUGUAUCCUGCAAGAACCUCAGCUCGUGCCCUCGACGGACUCGACCUUAGCCUCAAGCCCGGAAUGAAUGCUAUAGUUGGCACAAGUGGUUGUGGUAAGAGCACGCUAGUAUCACUACUUUUGAGGUUAUACGACAUCUCCUCUGGGCAAUUGAUGAUAGGAGACCAUGACAUCAAAGAUUUCAACAUAAGAAGUCUGAGAAGAUAUACUGCACUCGUUGAUCAGGAUUCCAUUUUAUUUUCUGGAUCUGUCUUGGAAAAUAUCAGCUACGGGCUCGGCGAGCAUUCUCUUUCCAAGAAAGAAGUGUUCGAGAGAUGUACCGAAGCUGCAGAGGCUGCCAAUCUGGAUUUUGUCGAAUUUCUGCCUCAAGGAAUGCACACUAAGAUUGGAAAUGGUGGUUACACCCAGCUGUCAGGCGGCCAGACCCAGAGAAUUUGUCUGGCUAGGGCCCUCGUCAAAAGGCCCGCUCUACUCCUGCUCGAUGAGCCGACCGCGUCGUUGGAUGCCAAUAGUGAAGGCUUGAUUAUGGAUGCUGUCAAGAAAGUCGCUGCAACAGGCACAACCGUCGUCAUGGUAGCGCAUCGACUCUCUACCGUGUCCGAUUCACCGAAUAUCGUGCUCAUGGGGGCAGGAAAGGUCAUCGAGCAAGGUACUCACGAUGAGCUCAUGCGAUUGGAAGGUGCAUACAGCAAUCUCAUCUCUGCCCAGCAGCUCGAUGACACAGACGACUCAUCUAUUGAGGUAUCCCCAGCAAGCACCGACCAGGGUCUUGAGCGGAAGACAUCAAAGUCCAAUGACGCCUAUACCUCUAGCGAUUCCGAAGCCACAUCUCCAGCGCCAUCGCCGAAAGAGACAACAGCUAAGAAAGCAGGUUUUUGGAAACUCCUACUACGUUGUCUCCGCAUGGCCAAACCUGACUCUCCAAUCAUCGCAUUAGGACUCACCGCCUCUGUUGUAUCCGGUGGCAUAAUCCUCGGUGAAUCAAUCAUCUUCGGUAACCUGAUCUCGGUACUGAAUGGCUUGGACAGUCCGAACUAUCGAGAAAGGGCCGAUUUCUUUUCCCUCAUGUUCUUCAUUGUGGCAUUGAUUGCCUUUAUCUCUUACUCUCUGAACGGAUGUGCGUUCGGCAUCGUCUCUUCUCGCUUCAUUGCCAAAGUUCAGCACAUAUCUUUGGUCAGUAUCCUGCGGCAGGAUAUGCAAUGGUUCUCUGGACGCUCAGUGUCUUCGCUUAUGAGCAGUCUGAACUCAGAUGCUGGUCAGCUGGCUUGCUUGUCUGGUGUUGCCAUUGGUACCAUAUUCACAGUCUGUGUGUCGAUCAUCGGCGGCGUUGUCUUGGCCCAUGUGGUCGCUUGGAAGAUUGCCGUCGUCCUGCUGGCUGCGGUACCUGUAAUGGUGAUGGCAGGAUAUGUCAGACUGCGUGUCCUUGCUCUGGCAGAGAGCAGGCAUAGAUCAGCUUACAACGAUGCAGCAUCUAUCGCCGCCGAGGCCUGCAGAGGCAUCAGGACCAUUGCAUCUCUUGGCAGGGAACGCGGCGUGUCCAGGUCGUUCAAUGAAGCUGUAAAGGAGCCUUAUAUCAAGGGUAUCCGAUUUACCUUACUCUCGAAUACUCUGCUCGCCCUAAGUUUCAGCAUCACUUACUUUGUUUAUGCUCUUGCAUACUGGUGGGGUGCUCGACAAGUAAGAAAUGGUACUUAUGACCAACUGGACUUUUUCAUCGUUCUUCCAGCUCUUCUCUUUUCCGCGCAAAGUGCCGGACAGAUUUUCAGUCUGUCGCCAGAAAUGUCACGGGCUGGACUGGCUGCUCGUAACGUGUUCGGACUCCACGACCAGAUGCCUUCGAUUCUAGACAGCGACAUCAAGCAGCCUGGAAUGGCCCUUACCCUGGACGAUACCACUGCGACCGAUGCUGAGAAGCCAGAUCCUGCUUCUGGUGGUUGGAUUGAGUUCAAAGACGUCAGUCUAUGCUACCCGUCCAAGCCACAACAUCCAGCAGUAAAGAAUGUCAGUCUCUCCAUCAAGCCUGGAGAGUUUGUAGCAUUUGUUGGUCCAAGUGGUGCAGGAAAAUCAACCGUCCUGACCCUUCUACAACGCUUUUACGACCCUACGACUGGUAGCGUUCAACUAGACGGCCAAGACAUCCGCGAAGUUGCCGUGUCAAAACACAGAAGCCGUCUAGGACUGGUACCACAAGAGCCUGACCUUUUCCCUGGAUCGAUCUCCUACAAUAUUGGCUUAGGCGCAGCACCAGGUCAGGAAGUCACGCAAGCGAAUAUUGAGGACAUCUGUGCUAAGUGCGGAAUCCAUGAAUUCGUCAUGAGUUUGCCCGAAGGAUACAGCACAGAGUGCGGUAUCAAUGGUUCGAAGCUAUCAGGUGGCCAAAAGCAACGUGUCGCUGUCGCCAGAGCAUUGAUCAGGUCACCGGAAGUACUCUUGCUCGACGAGUAUACCUCUGCUUUGGAUGCACACUCUGAACAACAAAUAAAGGAAGCUGUCGAUGGAGCCAGUGUAGGAAGAACUACCAUUGUGGUGGCACACAGACUGUCUACCGUGCAGAAUGCCGAUAGGAUCUUCGUCUUCGACAAUGGCCGCAUUCUGGAAGUUGGAAGUCAUGCUGAGCUUAUUGCUCAAGGCGGUCUGUAUGCAGGUAUGGUGAAGGCGCAGACACUUGCAUAGACACAGGCAUUGUCAGUUGCUGCACACUUUCUGAUUCCAUUUAUUUUACUAGCGAGGAGUUUUGGGAGGAUCAAAAAGGUGUUCUGUAUUAGGCAGGUACUAUCCGGAGCACAGAGAACUCGUACAUUGUAUAUCAAUCAAAAUCGAGGUUAACACGUGGAAUCGCUGAGCUGAGAGUUAUAUCAG